AUGCUGCGGAAAGGGCAGAGCAAGCGUGGGCACGCAUUGGUCGGGUUCCAUGCUGCAGCCGCGAGCCCCGCGCCGCCGAUGAAGAAGCUGCGGGCCGGCAGUAGCCACGCCGACCCGCCGCUGCGCAUUGGGCAAAGCGCGAGCCCAGCAACGCCGCAAACACGGCGCUUCUCGCCGCCCAAGCAACAGCAGCAACAGUGGCAGCGAAUCUUCGCGUCGCUGGCUGUGAUCGCGGCCGAGGCGGAUGGGCUCGGGCGGGUGCUGCCUGGCGGCGCGCCGGCAAAGGAGCCUGCCGAGGCGGGGGCGAUCGGCGAGGCGGCGGUGCUCGUACCUGCAGUUAUGUGGAUCGUCCUUCACCAGUGCAUAGAGCGGAGGGCAAAACUAAAGGGAGGGAUGGUGCUUCCGUCGAGAAUGCAACUCAAGUUUUGA